CAAGAUGGCCACAAAAUGAUUUAGCGGUGCCACGCUAUCUAUAUGUUUCUCCUUCCCUAGCUAUUUCCUUCCUCCCUCCCUUACCUAUUUAAGCCACUUGCCCUCAACAAACAAACACCCAUCCAAUUUCAUCAUCCAGAUCAAUGGCGUCCCAAAUGUCAUCGGCAUGGGCCGCUGUCGUCGUCAUCGUCUCCUCCCUCCUCGCCGUCGCUCUCUCGCAUGAUGAAGGUGGUGGGCCCAGCUUCGGGUACACGCCGGGGACCCCCGACGGCCCGGAGAACUGGGGCAAGCUGAGCCCGGCAUACAAGGCGUGCGGCGACGGCAAGGCGCAGUCCCCCAUCGACAUCGUCAUCGCCAACGCCGUCCCCAACCCCAACCUCGACACCCUGACCCGCGUCUACGCCCCCUCCAACGCCACCCUCCACAACACCGGCAAGGACAUCGUCAUGAGCUUCGAGCAGGGCGGCGAGCCCGUCAUGCCGGGCUCCAUCAACGUCACCACCGCCGACGGCACCGUCAAGGAGUUCAAGUUGAAGAUGAUCCACUGGCACGCGCCGGGGGAGCACACCGUCAACGGCAAGCGCUUCCCGCUGGAGCUCCACAUGGUCCACGUCGACGACCAGGACCACAAGGCCGUCAUCGGCAUCCUCUACGAGAUCGGCAACCCCGACCCUUUCUACGACCAGCUGACGGAGAAGCUGCGCGAGCUCAAGACGACGCCCACCGUGGCCGCCGGCGUGGUGGAGCUCAAGUCGCUGCAGAAGCGGACGGGGAGCUACUUCCGGUACAUGGGGUCGCUCACCACGCCGCCCUGCACGGAGAAGGUGAUGUGGAACAUUCUGGGCAAGGGCAGGGAGCUGAGCCAGGAGCAGUUACAACUCAUCACCGCGCCGCUGCCUCACCAGGACAACAGGCCGCCGCAGCCGCUCAAUGGCCGCCAAGUCGCCUUCUACAACCCGCCAAACACCACCAUCUCCAUCCAAUCCCUAGUACUCCCUCCGUAAACUAAUAUAAAAGCUUACAUUUGUUUACAGAGGGAGUACAAUAAGCAAGACAUAGCACGUACUCCCUCCUCGGUCCCACAAUAUAAGAACGUUUUUGACACUAUACAUGUCAAAAUGAGUAAACAUCUACAUACAUACCAAAAGGUGUUUGAAUACGUACAAAGUUGAAAUAAACAUACUUACAUACUAAAAUGGGUAUAUAUAUAUUUUUUAAUUUCAAUUUUGUAGCAACCGUCCAAAUGUACUUUUGGGAUGUGCGUGCACCACACCACAAGGCAGUCAAUGCUAUACGUAUGUAUCUCUACUCUCAAGAAAAAAAGUGGUGGGUAGUGGGCCAACAUCUACAAGACAGCCAGGUCCGAGACGACCACAGACAGAGAUAACCAGCAGGACGCAGCGGGCACGCAAACGAUUGAGGGCUUGCUCAUUGAGGACGUACGUACGGCUUCCAAUCGAUCCACGACGUGCUCCCGGAUGUCCACACUAGGACGGGACGGAUAGCUCGCAGAGGGCGGCGUCCACCCAAACGACGGCCAGCAUCCAUACGGACAAGGGCGUGCUGGCGGUUCACAUACUAGAAUUUUCUGACUAAUGGUUUAUAUAUGUAGUGGAAAUUUGACAAUGAUAUGCUGGUUACCAAGUUCAACAUGGCA